UAUAAGUUACUAUCUGAACGACAUUCUAUCGCUCGAGCAAGUAAUAAGCUACUACUUUUGAGACCGUACUUGGGAUGACGAUGAUAAGAAUAGCUCCAAAUUCUCUUUUCCUCUUCCUCCUCCUUUUUUAUUUAAAAAAGCAACUAUGAAUCCAACCUCUUCAUCGACUUUGACGGGAUAUUUCCACGGUACCAGUGGCGGUAGUAGUGAUGCCCAGCUGUGCCAUCGUCGUCGUCGUCGAUUAAAUCAUAAUGCGAACGAACGCAUGCGCCGAAGUCUCUUGAAUGCCCAGUACGACGCGUUGGCGCGCGCCCUUCCUGUGUCACCGUGGAACUACAAUGGUCGUCCGUCAAAGCGGCACAUCAUCGAGGCAGCUUUGCAAUGGGUCUAUUACACCCAUUCCAAAGAGCAACAAUACCAUGAGGAACUGCGACGCCUUCAGAUCGAAAAUUCCAGACUUGUUAACGAGAUUCAGCGACGACGCGUCUGAUGAGAUUUCGGGAGCAAGAACGGGGUGUGAAAGAGAGAAAGAUGGAAGAAGCUUUUUUGUAUGUAAUAUUGAAAUAUAUGUACUGUGUA